AGAGAAUCCUCUCUCUCUCUCUCUCUCUCUCUCUCUCUGCGUUUCUUCGUUGUCUGGAUUCUGCAACCCCACUUUCUCUUGCAUUGGUCUCUUUCUCUCUGCCCUAGACGACUGAUAAGGAGCACUAAUUUCGCCCAACAUAAAUAAGCUCUCUUGCACCGGUCUUUUUCAACCCAACUCAAUCUGAUACAGAGCAAGAUCAGAGAGAGAGAGAGAGAGAGAUUUUCAUAUGCUAUUCCCUCCUGUUCUCAUUUCCUUUUCAUUCUUCCAUAGUAUCUGCUUGAUUCUUUCACAAAGAAAUCUACCCUCCUUCAUCUACAAUACAGAAACUAAAUCUAAGAACAAACUGAGGUUUCCACCAUUCAUUAAAGCACUCACAUACACGGACUGAAAGAAGGGCCAUAUCUUUGUAGAGAGAGAGAGAGAGAGAGAGAGAGAGAGAGAUUUCAAUGGCACCGAGUUUUGAUUGUCUUCUCUGUGGUGAAGACAACAUUGGCAUUUUCUCUGAUGAGUUUGGUUAUGGGGAUUCGGUGGAGGAAAUUGAGCCUAUUUGGAAUCAGGGACACCAUCUCACCAAUAAUCAGAAGGGAAAUUGUGAUGGUGAAGAGCCAUUGACAUGGUUACCAAUGCAAAGUGACGAGUGCUUGGACUCGUUGCUCAAAAGGGAAUCUGAUCAUCUGCCUAAAAGUGAUUACUUGAACAGAUUGAGGAAUGGGGACUUGGAUUUGGUGGCUAGGAGAGAGGCUGUUGAUUGGAUUGGAAAGGUUCAUGCCCAUUUCAAUUUUGGACCUCUGUGUUUAUACUUAUCCAUAAGCUACUUGGAUAGGUUCCUUUCAGUCUAUGAGUUACCAAAAGGCAAAGCUUGGAUGAUGCAGUUGUUGGCUGUGGCUUGUUUGUCUCUUGCAGCCAAAAUGGAAGAGGCUGAGAUUCCUUUAUGUGUAGAGCUGCAGGUGGGUGAGGCUAGAUUUGUGUUUGAAGCAAGAACAGUACAGAGGAUGGAACUUCUGGUUUUGAGCAUAUUGAAGUGGAGAAUGAAAGCAGUUACUCCAUUCUCUUUCAUUGACUAUUUCCUUAGAAAGAUCAAUGGUGAUACAAUUUCUCCAACAUUGUUGAUAUAUAGAUCAACCCAACUCAUAUUGAGCAUAAUCAAAGGGUUUGAGUUUUGGGAGUACAGGCCUUCUGAGGUUGCAGCAGCAGUGGCAAUAUCUGUUGGAGGAGGAAGCCAAACAACAGACACUGAGAAAGCAAUUUACCUCCUCACUCAACAUCUUGAAAAGGAUAGAGUGCUCAAGUGUAUUGAACUGCUCAAUGAGUCAUCAAAUGCUUCAGUCGCAUUUUUGCCCCAAAGUCCGAUAGGUGUGCUUGAUGCUUCUGCAUGCUUAAGCUACAAAUCUGAUGAAACAAAAAUUGGGUCAUGCACAAAUUCUUCUCAUGAUAGCCCAGACAGUAAGAGGAGGAAGCUCAACAGAUGAAUCCAAAUUCCAUAUUGUUGGGAAGAAUGGGUCCGUGUCAGUUUUUCGAAACCCUUUUUCGAAAAACUCAUUCGGUCAUUGGUGAUGGGUUGGAGGAUGAUACAUCUAAAUAUUUCAUGUUUUCUUUGGUAUGAAGAAAAGAGUCACAAGCUGUUAAAUAUUAGACUUCUUAACAGCUUAUAAACAAGGAGGUGAGUUGGAAAAGAAAGACAGUCCCCGCUACAUAGAAGAGUUUUCUCAUCUUAAUGUCUAGUUUUAUGUUAUUUUUUUUGUAUCUUUAUUCUGUAUUGUGACUAGAAUCGAUUCGGGAAAAUCACAAAAAUAUGAAAGAAAGAAAGGAGCCUCUUGAAGGAAAAAGCAAGAAGAGAUGGCACGGUAAUUAGGUAUCCGAGCCAGCUUACGCGGAGAAGAUGGAUUCUUAUUA